AACCAAAGGUGUAUCAAGGUGUCCGCGUGAAGAUGACAGUCAAAGAACUACUGCAGCAGAGAAGGGCGCUCCAGGCCGCCUCAGGGACAACUCUGUCAGGAAGCAGCAGCAGCAGCCACCUCCCAGACCCCAUCACGCCAUCGCCUGCAGGACUGUAUUUUGAGCCUGAACCAAUGUCUUCCACACCCAGUUAUUUUCAAUCCCGAGAAUUUUCCACCUGUGUCUCUUGUGAAGAAAGUCCAAGCUGCCUAGACCAGAUCUUUGAGUCCUACCUUCAGACAGAGACACUCCCGGAGCCUCUGCUCAACUCCGCACAAAGUGCUCCCCACUAUUUCCCAGACAGCUGUCAAGUGGCCUCUUUCUGCUAUAACCAGAGCUUGACUCCAGGAUCACCUUCGGAUUCCUCCAGUCUCUCCGGCUCCUUUGACUGCAGCUACUUGCCAGAUCAGCUGCCUCCCUACACUCCAGAAAAUUACACCUCUCCGCCUUCUCUGGAUUCCCUACACUACAGCCUCCCAGAAGAAGGCCACUCCUGCCACCGCUGGCCUUCCCGCCCCCAGGACAACCAUUUCCCCCUAGCCACCCCUUCCAUCUGCUACUGUGCUUCCUGCGAGGCAGAACAUUUGAACGCCCUCAGAACCACAGAGUUCUUCUCCUACUCCAGCACAGACUGUGUGGACUUUGCCCCCCCGGCGGCUACCACUGGUGAUUUCUAUAAGGAAACAAGCUGUGGUCCGUGCUACAGUUAAUAGAAACCACACUGGAAGGUGUCACGGGUGUAUCUGUUUCCCUAUCACAUCUAGAUGACACUUCAAAACAUUCAACCCAUUAUUCACAAACUAUCCCACAUAUGGUUUACGUGUCACUGUUUUCAAUAUCCUGAUAACUAGCAUAGGAAUCAAUAUGAAGUCCUCAAACCUGGUCUUUUCACACCCUUAUUUUAUAUGCUCACUGUUAACAAUUUUCUAUGGGUUUUUUUUUUC